UUAACGAAAAUAAUAUUCCGUUGUGCAUCGCAGCUGCUUGCGACCACUACAACUAUAUAGGUGGUGACGUACACAGAACCGUGACGACCUCCUCCGAGAGCCGAACCCGAAGGCGAGGCGGCGGCGAUGUCGCAGUUCUUCUCCGCCGCCAAGCGGCUGCCCGCCCUUCUUCUCCCCCGACACCAUCUCUCUACUUCUGCUCUCUCCACCUCCUCCUCCCUCCCCGAUGGAGCCACCCCCGCUACCGCCGCCUCGGGCCUCCCCUUCCUCAACUGCCGGCGCCGGAAGAAGCUUCGCAAGAAGCUCCAGAGCCCUCGCGUCGCUCCCAUCCAGAGGGAUGCUGUCCGCCGCCUUCCCGACUUCGAAGCGGUCGUUCGCCUCGACGCCGCCCUCCGCUUCAUCUCCCGCACUAAGUGCUAUCUCUCUCGCCUACCCGGCCACUGCAUCCCCCUCGCUGACGCCGGCAAGCUCCACCGAGAGCUCGGUUUUCCUCGUGGUCGCAAGGUCUCCCGCUUCGCUGCACGCCACCCGCUCCUUCUCCACCUUCCCCGCCUCCCGCCGGACUCCAAACCUCUCCUCGCCUUCACCCCGCUCAUGGAUUCCCUCAUCGCCGAGGAGCUCGUACUCAUGGACGCCAUGGAGUCCACCCGGGUUACCACCGUCCGCAAACUCCUCAUGAUGUCCGCCGGACGCCGCAUCCCCCUCGCCAAGCUCCACCACUGCCGCCUCCUCUUCGGCCUCUCUGAUGACUUCCGUGAUCGCGUCCAUAAGUAUCCCGACUACUUCCGAGUCGCCGUGGAUCCUAAAGACGGUCGCCAUGUGCUCGAGCUCGUUGAAUGGGAUCCAGCCCUCGCGGUCAGUGCCCUCGAGAGGGACUUCGUCCCUGAUGAAGCCCGGGUCCGUCGAACAUUCAAGUUCCCCAUCCGCCACGGAAAGGCGUUACCUUUGCAGGAGGACGACGAGAGGAGGCUGAAUUCUCUGACUACACUACCCUUGGUGUCGCCUUAUUCAGAUUGUUCAGGCCUGCAGCCGUGGACAGUGGAAGCGGAGAAGUAUCGGGUCGGUGUGAUCCAUGAAUUUUUGAGCCUGACUUUGGAGAAGAGGGCGUGGAUUCAUCACAUUGUGGAGUUCAAGGAGGAAUUCAACCUCACGAAGCAUACUUACCCGAUGCUAUUGAAGCAACCUCGAGCAUUUUAUCUUGCAGGAACCGAGAUGAAUUGGGCUGUGUUUCUAAAGGAUGCUUACAGGGAGGAUGGGACUCUGAUUGAGAAGGAUCCACAGGUGUUGUUCAACGAGAAAUUGCAACAUUAUGCUUUGACAGAAUCAGAAUCUGGUGAGGGGGUUUCCUAAACAAAGAAGUUUGGGCUAAUUGAGUAUAGUGAAAAACAAAUGUUCUUAAUAAAAUUAGUUUCGGUCAAUGAUAACAAGGCCAACUCAGGGGAAUUGGAAUUGCAAAGUUGUAAGAGACAGUGCCUAGAAAACUUUGAUCAGGUGUUGUUCCUGGAGCAAUGAAGGUAUUAACUCUUGACUUUGAACAAUUUGUGCUCAUUCAUGUAUUUUACUCCAUGUCAUGUGUACCAUUUGGAUGUAGUGAACAUUCCAAUUUGUGUUUGCUUUUGUGUUGAAUUAUGUCCUGAUUAUUGUGGCAUUUUUUUGUGCUUGUGACCUCGAAAGUGUGAAUUUAAGACUCUUAUUGUUUUAAAUUGUUGAACUUGCUAGAUCAUGUAAAAUGAGCAUCAUGAAGUUAUAUAUUUGUCGACUUCAAAUUGACUAGCGGUGUUACACAGUGAAGUUUGGUUUUCUUGGAUCAUCAUGAUGGGGCAUGUGGACGAUUCAAUAAUUGUACUAGUGUAUCACUGUAACGUCACGAACUUAGUUGGUUUUGUUAAAAUUGUGCAGUACCUUUGCUUGUUCGUCCGUAAAAGGUCAGCCUCUCCGAAAUCUCUCAUGGUCCUAUAAGGACCUAAAAAAGAGAAGAUGAGUUAGAGGAAACAUCUAACUUAGUAUUCCAUAAGUAGAUGUUUCAGCAAGCACUUAAUAGGCAAUGCAAAUGACAAACAUAGACUUAACAAGCUUUGAACAGUCACGCGAUAAAUGAUUUAAGGUGGUUUGCCAUGGUCAAAAGUUCCUACAAGUGCCCAUAUGAUAUUAUUACGGAACAAGACAACGAACCAGUCCUAGACAAUAACCCAAAGGUCUAUCCAGCCAUGUGCCGUCCGGGUAGCUUUAGGGUGCUGUAUUGGCUGACACUCUGCACCACUCUGCAAAGUUAGAAAACCCCAAAAAUCGCUAUCUAGAUAGCUUGUUCUUGAGCAGUUUUGCCUCUGUGUGAUAACUGCACACAACCUGUAUUAAUAGGACUAAAAUGACCACAAAAGCCAACCAAAGAGGGGUUGCCCAGCCUACUGCAAGUCCUCUACAUGUUGUGCAAAGCAUGAACAAAACUAAAAGAUACCGACAUACACAAACAUUACAUCAAACACCCUUUAUGCAGAUUUGUCCGUGACACUCCCCCACUUAUUCCUUCAACGUGCUCGUUGAAGCCUUUACGGACGUUACAUUUCCUAGUCUUUGCUAAAUCUUUAAUCUUUUGCUUUAGCUACAACGCAUCUCCCUCGACUUUGAGUUGCUAUUCGCCACUGUUGUUGAGUAGUCAAACUUUGAUUCGCUAACGUUGUUUCAACUCACUAGUGACUUUGAUUGGUGUGGGGUCGGUCGAGUUGUCUUGAUUUUUUUUUGUUUCUGCGGAUCCCUUAAAUGAAAGAAAAGACCUUCCUUAUGUGUCAGCCUUUUAAACAUUUUGUAUUGCUUGAAUUGGGUGAAUGCCUGUUGGAGCUUUAACGACCAUUGCCUCACAGACUUUAAAGUUUUUGAGAUAUUUUCUUCAGAAAAUUUGUCCAUCAAUUUCUCUUCUACUUAGUUGUCGCUUCAAAGUAAGUUCACAUCACUUCCACUUUCGCUUGAUAUUUUUUUGGGAAAUGAAGUGGACAAUCUACUCUUAGUAGAAUCGAUCACUAUUGGUGAGGAUUUAACAACUGUUGUCUUCUGCUAAGUCUCCUCGAAGGGUCUUUGAACAUGUGCAGAGCUCUGCUACUAAAUAAAUAAAAGAACUGUAGUACUCGGUUUUACUCAUUCUCUUAAGAAUUGAGAAGGUAAAGAUUAUUUGGUUUUGCUCGCCUUCUUGAGGGUUGUACUUAAUGCAUCAAGCUGGUUACUAACCUUCACUUGCGCUUUGCUCAUACUUUUGAAGCACCUGAAGUGUUUGCACUCAUUGCAUUGAGCUAGUUAUUGCAAUUUGCCUCCUCAUUGUUAUUAAACUUCUGGAAUGCAAGAAGUUUUAAC